UUAUUUCGAACAACUUUUGAAGUAUAUUUUAGAAUACUAUUAGAAAUUUUAUAAUUAAGUUGGUAAGAAAUUGAAUGCAGUUUAUAGAAUUCGUUCUAAAUCUAUCGCAAUCAAUUGAGCAAUAACUAAGGAAAUCCAGAAAUUUCAAAAAAUAUGGAGAAACCUAUAGUUCGUGCAAGAGUAGUGAAAGUUCUUGGCAGAACGGGUUCUCAAGGGCAAUGUACGCAAGUCAAAGUGGAGUUUUUGAAUGAACAAAACAGACAGUUAAUUCGGAACGUGAAAGGUCCUGUACGAGAAGGAGACAUUCUAACACUCUUAGAAUCUGAAAGAGAAGCCAGACGACUUCGUUAAUAUAUUUAAGAAUAAAACUUUCUCCUCGAAAAUUAAACAAAAAAUAUAUAUAUUAAACUGCUCCAGAGAAAAAGAGAGAAAAAGAGAAUAAUGAUUAAUAUCGACUCUUUUAUAUACUAUUUGGUAUGUACACAAAAGGAUCUAAAAUAACGUUUCUAAA